AUGAUCUCUCACGAGGAGCUGCAACGGCACUCGAGCGGAGGUGACUCCUGGCUUGCCAUCCACGGCAUGGUGUACAACGUGUCUCGUUGGCACGACCGUCACCCGGGAGGUUCCGACAUUCUUCUUGCCUACGCCGGCCGCGACGCGUCCGAUCAGUUUGAGCUCUUUCACCCGCCUGCGGUGGCGCGGCGACUCAAGCCGUUCCUCGUCGGUGCGCUCGAA